AUGGAUGCCAUGAACCGGGCCUUACGAAGAGCUGCUCAGUCACCAUUCUCAAAUGAAAUUGAACAGGCCCUUAUGCUGAGUCGAUUUACAUGGCCACCAUUCAAUUCCUAUGACGAGAAAAUGGACCCUGUGGAGCAUGUCAGUCAUUAUAUCCACAUGAUGUCCUUAAAUGCACAUAAUGAUGUGCUAAUGUGUAAGGAGUUCGACGCUAAAUUCGUGACGUACAGCCGAGUGCCGCAACCGGUGGAUGCGCUACUUUCCAUAAAAAUGAGGGUCGGUGAAACCCUUCGGAGUUAUGCCAGUCGAUAUUGGGAACUAUACAAUGAGAUCGGUAGGGGAAAUGAGAAGAUAGUGGCAAACACCUUCAAGAUGGGGUUGCCCGAGGGUUCUGAACUACGGGAGCUGCUGACAAAAAAACCUCCCGAGGAUAUGAGGCAACUUAUGAGGCAUAUUAAGGAGUAUAAGCGUCUCGAAAAUGAUCAGCUACAGAAUAAGAAGAAGGCCCCAUUACUCGGUAGAUCCCGACAGGGCAUUAUUCCGACAAGACCAAAAAAGGAUUUCAGGAUGUAG